GCGCGCUUCCGCGAGUUACGUGGAACCUACAGCACGGAACUCACGAUUUGCGGCAUGUUUACGCGAUGGCGUAGCGCCUGCGUAAAGUAACCCAGCGCGUACAGAGUUCCCCAAGUGGGAAAACUUCACGGGGUCCUGUCGGUAUAAUGUUCAGCUUAAAGUCCUGCUAGUAGCUUGUCGAGUCCAUUUACGUGCGAAACUGAUGGACAUGGGCUACUAUUGUCAAAGUUAACACUACAGACAAUAUCUUUCGCUUCAAAAGUAGAAAAAUGUAUACGAUGAUGUCACACUUGGUGUGAUUCUGUACUGGCAACAUCCAGACAUCUGUUUAAAUGAGAUGGAAAGCGAUUGUAGGAUUUGCAGAAGGAUAAUUGCCUGUUGCACACUGCUGUGGUGCUUGUUAUCCUUUAGCGUGCUUGGUGUAUCUGCUUUGAGCAAAGAAAGUACUUCAACUCUGGAUCCGAUGGCUACGCCGUGCUGGCAGGUGGAGGAAUUUGUGGUAUCAGCUGAGUGUUUCCAGUGCAACGCCUUCCAGCUGAGAUCAUGGCCAGUCUGCAACCCAACUGGAUAUGUUGAGAAGAUCAACUGCGGCAAGUCCAAGAAGGAUGAGUACAAGAGCUGUCGCUCUGUCGCAGUGGAGGAAGGUCUCUUCUGGAAGUUUGAGGGCACAGUGUUGUGCCUGACGGUGGUCUUUGCACUCCUGGUGAUCUUGCGACAGAGGGCACUUGACCGGCGGGCAUCAGAGAAAGUCCGCAGGCAGUUGGAAUCCGUGUAGCUGGGGUGGCAGGAACCGGCAACCCAAGGCGCGGUGUCCUUUUUCAGGAGUCAUCAGAUGGUCCUUCUUUUCAUGUUAAAUGUACGAUUUAGUUUUUAAUACACUUGGAAAGGUGAUUCCGUAAUCAGGAGAGUUAAUAUAACUGGACACCUGUUGCACUCUCAGAAAAAAAAAGUUAAAAAUUUGUACCUUUGCUUGUCACUGGGCCUGUACCAUCAAAGGUCUGCCAAUUGAACCCUUAGCUGCAGGUUACUGUACCUUUUAUGGUACAGUAAUGGACCCCGAGUAACAUUUCUGUACCAUUGAUGGUACAUUAAUGCUGUUUGUACCUAUGUAAUGUUCAUCAGAGUCAAUUUCUGUACCUUAAAAGGUCGAAUUUCAAGGGUACAGCUCCAGGGACAAGCAAAGGUUCACACUUUUACCCUUUCUUUCAGAAAGUGCUACAGUGCUGUUUGCACGACAUAUUUAAUGAAGACAUCACUAAAGUUUUAUCCCAGUGUGAAAUUACCUUCCUAGAGGACUUGCUUGGGUGUCUGUCUGUGUCCCGUCUUUGCCGGGAAAUGAUGUGACGAAAUGCUAUUCUAAGCCCAUUAAUUCAGUAGUAAAAACUGAUGAAUGAUGAAAAGAUUGGACUAAUUUAUAGCUGUUGUGCAGAGAAUCACCAGAAAACAUUUACAAGCAGAGUUAAAGCAAUAGCCAGCUCCUCUGAUAGUCUUAUAGUACCAUUGCUGCCCAUUUAAAGACCAGAAAAUGACUUGGCAUUUAAGUACUGUGUGCAGCACGGAUUAGAACUCCAAAAAAAAGCACUUUUCACUGUCAGUAAUCCACGUGGAUAUACUCCAGUGCUUUGGUUUGCCUUUUGAUUGGUUCCAGUUUCCAGUGAUCUGUUCCAUCAUGUUAAUGUUACAUGUGGGAUUUCUGUGCUCUACGGUGGGUAGUGUGGUAGGCGUCUGUGAUGCACAUUGCUAGUCUGAAUGGUACAUGAUGUGUUAAGCAACUAAAUCGAGCCGCAAGCGAGCUUUAAGGUCAGUACCGGCAGUGAAUCUGAUCACGGCUUGAAUGUUUUCAGUGUUCUGCACGCUCCUAACUCUCCACGAUCAUUCAGAAUCGGCACGUUUUCCAAAGUCCUGCUCCAAUUGAAUUAAUGGCUUCUCGUUCUCCUAUCCAGGUUUUUAUUUCCCCAUAAUGAAGCUAAAAUUACAUUUGUCAUCUGGGUUCCGGACGUCAAGCUUUCGACCGCAGCUUUUAGGGUGGGGUGGGGCUUGGUUAAACAUGCGGCACAAAUAACCCUCUUGUUUGCACCCCUUCAGUAUCUCUGGAGGGGGGCAGCAUUUGAACGUUUGUAGUGGAAUAAUCUGAAAUUCACCGUCGUUGUCUUUCUUUUAAUUAUUGAGAUCUUAUAAGUUAUUUAAAUAAUGUUCAACUAGUUUUGUGCAGUGUGUUUGACUUCACUUUUGGAUGUGGUUUAUGUUUUAUUAUAUGGUCUGUGGUGCUGCUAAAAUGUAAUUGACCAACUGCAAAGAGAUUGUAUUUUGGUUUUUAGGACACUAAUGGUCUAAAACAUUUACUAGGAAUAACUGGCUGAUUCCUUAGUGCAGGAACCAUACAGUAUUUUCACUUGUUUGCCAGUGACCCCUUGUGGACAAUCAGUGUAAUGACUAAUAACAUGAAAAUAUAACUGGUCAUUACAGGUUUGGGGGGGGGGUAGUUUUGAUUUUUUUUUUUUUUGGAAGUUGGAACAGCAUAACAAAGUCCUGUGUAAUUAAUGUACUUUGUGUAAAUUUAAAAGACAUAUUUCUCAAUGGAAAUGAGUUAAAUAUGAUUCAUUAAAUUAAUAGUUUGGACUUUGGCUUUUUUUUAAAGUCUCUUGGCAUUUUUACAUUACAAAAUUAUAAUAGUUGUUAUAGAAAUAUGUUUGCAUAUGUUUCAUUACAUUUAUUUAAAAACAAUAACAGACAGCUAAUUUUGGAGCUAGUCUUUAACCGUAUAUCAAAUAGCAGAACAGUUUGCAUACGUGAUAUCAUAAACAUUUGAGGAAGAAAUAGCUGCAUUUUGACGUUCGUGGACAGUCGCAUAGUUGGCCAAACCGGGGUCCCCUUUUCACAGAACAAAGGUCACCUGCAGAGAACUGAAGAACAGUGAUGUGUUAGUUAACAAGACGGCAAUCUACUUACACGUACGAAUGUUGAUACUCCACGCUUAAAGCAUUACACUGGAUCUGACGUCAUUAGAUACAAAUAUCAUUUUGGGAAAAAUGUUGAACGGGAGUGGACGAGAUGUUUAAUUCUCUUUGUAAAAAUACUUUAUUCUAUGCCUAACAGUCCCCUAAAAAGAGUAGUCUAACAACGAGGGCACUACAUUAUAUAGUUUUUAUUUAUUUGUUACACCAAUGUAAAAUAUAUUUUGUGGAUGUUUGCGUACAACAGAAAGUCGACUCGGCUUCCUAUCCCAGUUACUCAUCCUCUUGUUCUGAGGUUUCUCCAAAACAUUGUGAAGAACAUCCAGCUAGAACAGAUGAAAACGAAGCUUAUGAAAUACAUAAGCAUGCACCGCUGCAAGCGUUCCAUUGGCUCGGAGCAUGUAAUAACACGGAGCAUGCCGUCGUAGCUAAGUUGUUCAGUGAUGUGACUUAUCAAAAAUGAGAAAUAACUUGGGAGACAAUGGAAACUUUUUUUUAUAAAUGUAUUAGGUAAAGAACGCGAGCUUGCACGCGAGGCGAGUGCCGCGUUUCCUCAGAAUGUUUUAAUUGCGUCAGCGAAAUGUAGCGAAGGGCAUCUGUAAAUAUAUUUAAAAGAAAUUGUAUAUUAAAACGCUUGACGCAUAGAAAAAUGUUUAGAUUAGAGCCAAUCCAACGCAGCAUAUGGUUUAAGGUAACGAUAUACCCCUAGACUGGGCGUCAGGCAACCGCUGGCCACAUACUUUCGUGCCUAAGCCUUACUGAAAAAAGGCAUACUUAAAUUCAUUUUAUUAAGUAUAUUUCUUGGGACUAAAUUGACCCACUUUUAGUUUAUUAAAGUAUAUAUUUUACGUGUAUUUAUUUAGUAAUAUUAAUUAUUUGUAAUUUUAUACCUGAAAUUGCUACAAACAGCACAGUAGCGAUAUGACUACUGUAUGUGUAGAUUACACUAAUAAAAAUUAGCGAAACAUACUUAUAGUUUUUUUCUCUUAGUCACUCAAAAUGAACAUUGUUUUGAAUCCCAAAAUUAAAAAUAAAAUACAUUUUACAUAUAAGCUAGACUUUUCUCAAUGCAUGUCAGUUUAAGCCAGGUAUACUUAAGUCAGACUUUGUUUAUUAUAUAUUUCUGUUAAGUACAUAGGAAGUUUACUGAGCAUACUUACUAAUUUUAAGUAUAUAUUUAUAAUACACUUCUUUUUCGUAUGGUAAGGGCUGUGAAGGAUGUACACGCCACAGACUGGAUACGUGAUUUCAGAUUUGAACCUCCCGUCCUGCAUGUGAGAAGCAUUAAAAUAUGGAAUUUAAA